AAAAGAAAAAAAAAUCACGUCUCCUACAUGACAAACACGUGUGUGAAUGAGAAGUAUAAUUCAGUCCCCAACUUCCCAGUAGAUCAGGGGGAAUAUUGAGUACCAAGAGAAAGCUCAUCAGACAAACUGUUUGGCUGCGCCCAUCAACACGUCCCAGCUGCCCGCGUGCCACCAUGUCUGCAGCCGUGAAAAGCUCAAUAGCCAAGCCCAAAAAGCGCAAGGCCGACGCAAUCGCCGACGACGGCGACGCAGGCGCUCCGCGGACCGCCCCCCUGGGCAGAGACAAGAAAAAGAGGCGCAAGAAGACCCGGCGGACGGGUGAGGACGAGGACAGCCUGGACCUGGACGCUGGGCUGAACCUGGCCCUGGCCAGCAUGGACGGCCAGCUGCUCUCGGACCACCUGGCCCAGCAGGUAAGCCGCUUCGGCGCCGACCUCAGUUCCGUCGAGCUGGCCGACCUGCACGUGCCCGCCGGCGCCAUCCGGGACUCGUCGUCCUUCGACAAAGGUCCCCGGUCCCUGGAGAACCUGCCCGCCUUCCUCGAGGCGUUCGCCUCCGGGGGCGUCGCCGAGCUGGGUGCUGCCCCAAAGGACAAGGGCGCGCCGCACACCAUCGUCGUCGCCGGCGCCGGGCUCAGGGCGGCCGACUUGACAAGAGCCUUGAGAAAGUACCAGAAGAAGGGUAACACGGUUGCCAAGCUUUUUGCAAAACACAUCAAGAUGGAGGAGGCUGUCUCCUUCCUGCAAAAGAAUCACACAGGAGUUGCGGUCGGAACCCCCGUUCGACUCAUGGACCUGCUUGAUAACGGUGCGCUUUCUGUCAAAAACCUCAAGCGGAUCGUGGUUGAUGCGUCCCACAUCGACCAGAAAAAGCGAGGCGUCAUGGACAUGCGAGAAACGGCCUUGCCUCUUGCCCGUUGGCUCGCCAGGCCCGAGUUCAAGGAGCGGUACGUGGAUGACGUAAACCCCCUGCAUCUGCUCUUUUACUAGGUAAGGGCAAGAACCACCUGCGCGCAUACUCGGUUCUGCCAAGCAGCGAGACUGCACACGUCAUCCGCAUCGGGAAGGGGGGAGAAGCGAAAGAAGGAAGAAGAAGGCAAAUAAGAAACUGGCCACGAUUUUCUCUACAAGAAUGAUACCCUGAUGCUUGGAAGCUCCUGGGACAGGAAGGGACAAUUUAGGUGUCUGAUUUCUGUCCACGGCUUUCGAGCCUCUCCUUUCAUUGAGAGAAUGAUAAAAGCCUAGGUGCUCGUCCUCAUUCAUUUGCUCCGGCCAUCGUAGCUUCUCGCAGCGCGUGGCCGCCAUUUGGCUGAGCGUCAUGGAACACGAGAUUCGAGUGGAUGCGACUUCCCGAAAUCUCGUCGACAGUCAUGGCUUCCUUGGACAGCCGCUUUUCUGCACAACGGCGGGGAUGAGCAGCUCCUUCCUCCAGACAUGCUCUUGCCAAAGGACAGCACGGCAGGAUGGCUCAGGCGUGUUCUCUCUGGAUCAAAAAGCUCCGCCAGCUCUUCUGGAUCCUCUCCCAUCUUCUCUCCCUCCAACAACCGUCCUCCAACCUCUAGUAAACAACAGCAUCAUCGAAGGACAGACGCUCUUUUUGGACGCUCUGGUCAUUUUUGGAUCUUUGCCAAGUUUCUUGCUAGUGACAUUCGUUUGGCCCCUAUUUAGGAGAUCAUCCUUUGCCUGCAGCAGUUUUGCAGUCGACCCUCUACUCGCUCCUUGUCGCUGCCAUUCAUCUCCAUCGACUUCAUUCCAAGGCACUCGGGUCCCGCCCCUUCCAGCAGGGCGCCAGCUUGAUCGCCAUGAUGAAUUCCACCAUGUUUUGGAGCUUAGCUCUGCUCUGCUCCCCCCUCCGGGUCCACGCCCUCGGCUCGUCCAUGUCUUCUGCCCAAGGC